CCCUUGAACUGGCCAAUGAGAGUCUGCCGAAGCCUGCGGAUCCGCGCGUGGCCAGUCAGGGUAGAGUUUAAUGAGAUUUGGCGGCUUCUCCAGGAGGCUGGAUCACAGGUGAAGCUUUGUGGGGUUAUUGGAGGUAAAACCUGCAAAGGGAUAGAAAUCUAGGUCUGCAGUCCCUCAGAACUUCAUACUGUCACACUAGCCUACACCUGACCCUUAGAAAUUCAUCUGGCAUCUGCCCCAGGUGUCUUUGAGCUUCUCCAGGGUCCCAAAGGGAGACUCCUUAGCGAAGACUGCAGGGUCUUCCUUCUGACCCAAACAGCUCCUGUCAACUUCAAAGACCUCACCAGGUUUGGAGAACGUGGGCAGAGUAGAGUUACUGACAAGAGCCCAAGAGCAGAGGUUCAUUAUAAACAUGGCAGCUAUCCAGGACCCUCCCCAGCCAGGGGGAAAUGCCAAGGCCUGUGAGGUCCCAGUGUCAUUUGAGGAUGUGAUAGUGGAUUUCAGUAGGGAGGAGUGGCAGCAAUUGAACUCUUCUCAAAGAUGCCUGUACCAGGAUGUAAUGCUGGAAAACUACAGCCACCUGCUCUCAGUGGGAUUUGAAGUUCCCAAACCAGAGGUCAUGUUCAAGUUGGAGCAAGGAGAGGAACUAUGGAUGUUAGAGGAGGAAGUCCCACACCAGAGCUGUUUAGAUGGGACAUUUAGGACUAAGAAGUCUCAAAAAAGAAUUUCUGAAAAAGCUAUAUUUCAUAGCAAAAUGGAGGGUGAAGAUACAAGAGAUGAUUCACUAUAUUCCAUUUUAAAAGAACUGUGGCAAGAUGCUGAACAGAUAAAAAGAUAUCAGGAAAAACAGAACAACCCUCUGAGUCAUGCUACUUUUAUCAGUAAGAAAAUAUUGACUACUAAGUGGAAUUAUGAAUAUACAGAUAUUGGAAAACAAAUGCAUUCAAAACCAAAUGUUAUUCCUUCACAGAAAAGACUCCAUAAACAUGACUCAUUUGGAAAGCAUUUAAGCCACAAUUUAGACUUACAUAUUCAUAAUAAAAAUAAUGCAACAAAGAAUUUUGACAAAAUAACUGGCCAUAGUCAAAUUGUCACCCAUAGCAUUUCUUAUACUAACCAUGAAAAUGCACAUAUGGGAGCAAAAAUCUGCGAAAAUAAUCAGUGUGGAAAAGUCCUUAGCAGAAAGCAUACACUUAGUCAAAAUAUGAAAUUUCCUAUUGAGGAGAAGGCAAAAACAUGUACUGAAUUUGGGAAGCUCCUUACUCCAAAGUCACACCUUUUCACUCCUCCAAGAAUUCACAGUGUGGAAAAAACUCAUGAACUUAGCAAAUGUGUAAAUAUUUUUACAGAGAAACCACUACUCAGUAUAUAUCUGAGACUUCAUAGAAAUGAAAAAUUAUAUAUCUGUACUAAAUGCGGGAAAGCAUUCAUACAGAAUUCUGAAUUAAUGAUGCAUGAGAAAACUCAUACUAGAGAAAAACCCUACAAAUGCAGUGAAUGUGGAAAGACAUUUUUCCAGCUGUCGUCUCUACUCAGGCAUCAGACAAGUCAUACUGGAGAAAAACUCUAUGCAUGCAGUGAAUGUGGGAAAGGCUUCUCCUUGAACUCAGCCCUUAAUAUACACCGGAAAAUCCAUACUGGAGAGCGACAUCACAAAUGUAGUGAGUGUGGAAAAGCCUUUACUCAAAAGUCAACACUCAGGAUGCAUCAGAAAAUUCACACAGGAGAGAGAUCCUAUAUAUGUACUGAAUGUGGGCAGGCCUUCAUCCAGAAGGCACACUUGAUUGCACAUCAAAGAAUUCAUACAGGAGAGAAGCCUUAUGAAUGCAAUGACUGUGUAAAGUCCUUCCCUUCUAAGUCACAACUUCAGAUGCAUAAGCGAAUUCACACAGGAGAGAAACCCUACAUAUGCACUGAAUGUGGGAAGGCCUUCACCAACAGGUCAAAUCUCAAUACUCAUCAGAAGUCUCAUACUGGAGAGAAGUCUUACAUAUGUGCUGAAUGUGGGAAGGCCUUCACUGAUAGGUCAAAUUUCAAUAAACACCAGACCAUUCAUACUGGAGAGAAACGCCAUGUUUGUACUGAUUGUGGAAGGGCCUUCAUCCAGAAGUCAGAGUUAAUUACACAUCAGAGAACUCACAUUACAGAGAAGCCUUAUAAAUGUCCUGACUGUGAGAAAUCCUUCUCCAAGAAACCACACCUUAAGAUACAUCAGCGAAUCCACACAGGAGAGAAACCAUACAUAUGUGCAGAGUGCGGGAAGGCCUUUACUGACAGGUCAAAUUUCAAUAAACAUCAGACAAUUCACACUGGAGAUAAACCCUAUAAAUGCAGUGACUGUGGAAAGGGCUUUACCCAGAAAUCAGUUCUUAGUAUGCAUCGCAAUAUUCAUACCUGAAAGUAACCCCAUUUCUUCAAAACAAGAGAGCCUUAAAACAGAAGUCAAAAUUUAAGUGUAUAUUAUAAAAUUCAUCCAAGACAGAGCCCAUGUAAAUUCAUUGUAUAAAAAAUUAUUCAUCCACCACCAGAGAUGAAAAAUAUUUAAGAGGGACAAAUAUUAUUUAAAAGGGACCCUUUAAGAAUGCUUUGGUGAGCCAGGCAUCGUGGUGCCCGCCUUUAAUUCUAGCACUUGGGAGGCAGAGGCAGGUGGAUCUCUGUGAGUUCAAGGCCAGCCUGGUCUACAUAAUGAGUU